AGGCGCUGCGCGGAAGACGCGCACGAAGACAAACAAACCACUUCCUCGAAGCUGACGCUCACAUGAGUGAAGUAUAGCACUGCGAGUGAUGUCUGCUCAAACUUUGACUCUCCUUUGUGCAAUAAUAUGCUGUUCCUUGACAGAAAAGCCGUCAGAUGUUUCAUCUCCAAACAUUAUCAUCAUGCUCAUGGAUGAUAUGGGUUGGGGGGACUUGGGUGUGUUUGGCCAGCCCUCUAAAGAGACCCCCAACCUGGAUGCCAUGGCUGCUCAGGGCAUGCUGCUUCCAAACUUCUACGCCGCCAACCCCCUCUGUUCCCCAUCCAGAGCUGCACUCCUGACCGGUAGGCUGCCAGUCAGAAACGGUUUCUACACCACUAAUGGCCACGCCAGAAAUGCAUACACACCACAGGAGAUAGUGGGAGGAAUCUCCAAAGAUGAGAUUUUGUUUCCUCAGAUCCUGAAGAAAAAGGGCUAUGUCAGCAAGAUAGUUGGCAAGUGGCAUCUGGGCCACAGACCACAGUACCUUCCUCUGGAGAAUGGUUUUGAUGAAUGGUUUGGUUCACCAAACUGCCACUUUGGCCCCUACAACAACAGCAUCAUACCCAACAUACCUGUCUACAACAAUUCUGAGAUGCUUGGCAGAUACUAUGAGGAGUUUAGGAUUGACAGAAAGACUGGAGAGUCCAACCUCACACAGAUCUAUUUGCUGGAAGGUCUUAAUUUCAUACGCCGUCAGACUGAGGCCCAGCGGCCCUUCUUCCUCUACUGGGCAGCUGACGCCACUCACGCCCCCGUCUAUGCCUCCAAACGCUUCCUAGGCAAGAGCCAGCGGGGCCGGUAUGGAGAUGCAGUGAUGGAGCUGGACUACAGCGUCGGUCAGGUCUUGGCAUCGCUGCGGACUCUGGGCAUUGACAAUAAUACUUUUGUCUUCUUCACUUCAGACAACGGAGCUGCUCUGAUAUCUGCCCCAAACGAAGGUGGCAGCAAUGGGCCGUUCCUCUGUGGGAAGCAGACCACUUUUGAAGGGGGCAUGAGGGAGCCUGCCAUUGCCUGGUGGCCUGGACGCAUCAAAGAAGGCACAGUGAGCUUCCAGUUGGCCAAUGUGAUGGACCUGUUCACCACCAGUCUGGCUCUGGCUGGCAUCAGCCCUCCUGAUGACAGAACCCUGGAUGGACUGGACCUGACACCAGUCCUGCUUAACCAGUCCCACACAAUCCAAAAUAGGCCUAUUUUCUAUUACCGUGGGAAUGAGCUGAUGGCGGUGAGACUUGGACAAUACAAGGCGCACUACUGGACCUGGAGCAACUCAUUGGAGCAGUUUCAAAGUGGUAUCAACUUCUGUCCAGGUCAAGAAGUCCCAGGUGUGACUACCCACAACCAGGAAGAGCACGAACUUGAGCCACUCAUUUUCCACCUGGGACGGGAUCCCGGGGAAAAGUACCCAAUCAGUGUUUUGACUAAGGAGUACAUGGAUGUGCUGAGCAGGAUCUCUCCGGUCGUGGAGCAGCAUAAGAAGACUCUGGUGCCUGGAAUUCCCCAGCUCAAUAUGUGUGACUUGGCAGUGAUGAAUUGGUCCCCGCCAGGCUGCGAGAAGUUAGGAAAGUGUCUCAAAGCACCCAAGUCUGAGCCCUGGAAGUGCGACUGGCCACACUGAGAGCAAGAACUGUGGAGCCAGACACAAGGCGAAGGAAGAAAAACCUCAAGAUGUGCCUUUCAACCGAACAACAAGCAACCUUUAAAAGGAAAUGUUUUCAAAUAAUUUGUAAAGCAGUUAAUGUAUCAUGUCGAAGAGGACAGAGGGUAAACCCAAGGGAGUUGAGUUGAUUUAACAACAGUAAAUCGAUCAUGCAAAUAACUUUUACAGCUGUCAUUUCAAUGAGCCACCAGGAUUUCUACCUGAUUAUUGAUCUAGAACACAAAGGAAAAUGUAUUUAUUUUGAUCAUGCCUGAUCUAAUAAAUUGUACCAAAUUCAA